GCUCACUCAGACACCAUGCUGCCUGUCUUCUGUCUCCUGUCUCUUUGUCUGUUUACACUUCAGACAGGUGAAUUCAGUCAGAAACCAUCAAACACAUCAGAUCACAGCCACACAGGUGCUGCGGGGACAGCUGGAAACUCGACCGGACUGAAUGUGACGUUAAAUCAGACUCUGCAGGAACACGGAACCUUCUCUGGACACUUUGGGUUCAGUGACCUGGCGGGGGUUCGGUGCUUCAGUCCGGAGCAGGAGAUGGAGUCCAGGAUCAUCGGGGGUCAGGAGGCCUGGGCUCACUCAUGGCCCUGGCAGGUUUCUCUGCGCGUCGCCUCUACGCCAGCCUGUGGGGGCGCCAUCAUUGGCCCGCUGUGGGUCAUCUCCGCUGCUCACUGCUUCAUAAGGUACAACAAAGCUUCACUGUGGACGGUUCUGGCUGGAAAACACGACCUGGAUAAUCCUGAUGAACCUGAACAACAGCUGGUUGGAGUCUCUGUGAUCAUCACCCACUAUGGCUACAACGCUCAGACCAAAGAGAGAGACAUGGCUCUGCUGAAGCUGCAGCAGCCUCUGGUCUUCAACCUGUUCGUCAGACCCAUUGAUAUCUGGAUGACUCCACUGCCUCUCUUCAGGAAGUGCAGCAUCACCGGCUGGGGCUCCACCCGAGAGAACGGUCCUCGAGUUAACAGACUGCAGGAGGUGAAUGUGACCAUCCUGCCCCCUGACGUCUGCAACCAGUACUACCUCGGGAGGAUCCGGUCCUCCAUGUUCUGUGCCGGGAAGGACGGAGGAGGAGCUGAUGCCUGUCAGGGGGACUCAGGAGGUCCUCUGUCCUGCUUCACAGGCAGCAGAUAUGAGUUGGCAGGUCUGGUAAGUUGGGGAGUUGGUUGUGGACGAGCCAGAAGACCAGGAGUUUACACCAGAAUCCAAACUCACACUCAGUGGAUGUAUGACAUCAUGAAUGAUCAGGACAUGUAUGCAGAUGACGUGACUGAUGAAGAGGACAGGUGUGGUAAGCAGCAGAGCUCCAGCUGCGAUAGCGUUCCAGGCCUCGCUGGUCUGUCGGCGUCCCAGGACGGUGAAGUGUCUGUGGGGAACGUGACUGAAUCCUGCCCCUUCUUCUGGCCCUGGCAGGUCAGCCUGCAGUCCGCCGGACGCCACUACUGCAGCGGAGUGCUCAUCCACCGUCGCUGGGUCAUCACUGCUAAACACUGCAGCGUCAGAGCUACAGACGACGUGGCGGCUCUGGGAAUUCAUGACCUCCGGUUUUCAUCAUCUCAAACUGUCCCAGUGGACAAAGUCUUUAACCUGCCACAAGACGGAAGCUUCCCUCCAAAAUCGGACCUGUCUCUGCUCCGCCUCAGCGUGCCCGUCAGAUUCAGCUCUAAUGUGUCUCCAGUCUGUGUCCCUGAUGAGGACGAGGAGCUCGAUGACAGCUGGCACUGUUUCACCACCGGCUGGGGAGCCACCAAAGCAGCAGGUACCACUGAUCCAGAUCGUCUGCACCACGUCGGACUGACUCUGGUCAAUCAGACCACCUGCAGGAGGAAGUGGGGAGGCGGACUCAUCAGUGACUCUCACAUCUGUUCACAUCCUGCGUGCUCCACCUCCUGCUUGGGCGACGCUGGAGCUCCUCUGUUCUGCCACAAACACGGCACCUACUUCCUGUUUGGUGUGGUCACAUGGGGCAGCUCGCGCUGUGACCCGGACAAACCGGCCAUCUUCACCAGAAUAUCUGACUAUAGCUCGUGGAUCAGUAAGGUGACUGAAGCCCUCUGAACAAAUGGUUGUGUUGGAAAAUAAACUGGUUUAACUGGAAGCUGUUUGUCCUCAGAGCUGGAUCAGGAACUGUCACUUUGGACAGACGUUUCCAAAUGUCAUCAGAAAUCUGAUUAGGCUGAGAACCUGAAAGGUGUCCAUCACGCCCCGAGCAUCCAGAUGUUGAAUUCAGUUUCUGCAGUGUGAUGUUCAGACCAGAUCAAAGAAUCAUCUUCGAUCUGAUCUGUAAAACUUUGGCUUAAAAAAAAAAAAGUGUGAAUUUUCAAAGUUCUUCUGAACCUGCUUUGUUCUUCACAGGCCUUAAACCAGACCCAUGUCUCCAGGGUUUUACUGGAGUUCU